GGCGAAACCCAUCCCAAUGGCGGCUGUACCAUCGCAAGUUGAUCAGCUCUCCGGAAGCAGUGAGCAUCACCCUUACCAGCAGCAGCGGCAGGAGGAGCCUCCCGGACCGGCACCCGCUGCUGAGUCUGACCGCGGUGCUGGUGGUGAUGAUGCAGACAUGGAGCAAGCAGGGGAGCCAGAGGGAGUAGAGGAGAGCCACCACAGUGCGACGCAAGAGCAGGAGCAGGACGAGGAGAUGGAAGAUGGCAGUGAGCCCGACGAGGCAGCAAAUGACGGUGCCUCCCCAGCCAAUGGGCCAUCCUCGCCCAUCGACACGGCCACCCUCUACACCAUGUAUGCCUGUUUGCCGCCAGUUGCAUGCCACACAGCACUCGGGCAGACAGACCAUUGAUGGGAUGGACGUCUGUCUGUCUGUCUCUCCUUUCUCUCUCUUUGUGGUCACUGGGUCUGUGUGGUGUGUGUCCAAUGGCAGGUAUGAUUGGAUCUUGCUAGUGCGUUUCCUGUCGACGUUCAAGGAUGCGGUAGGGUAUGACUUCACGCUGGACGAGUUGGAGCAGACGAUUCAGCAGCGUGGGAGCGACCCGCGGCUGCACAAGCUGCACUCGCGCCUGCACCUGCUGAUCGGCAAGAGAUGGCACCCCAACCUCACCGUCGACAGGGCCAUGUUCAAGCUCGUCGACGAGCGCCAGCAGGACAUGCCGCACCUAUUCAAGGACGGCAACCCUUUCGGAAAGGGAACAUACGACACACUCCCCGUCCAACAGGUGGGUGUAGCUACAUGGGAUGGAUGGACACAAGAGAGAGGGGGUGAACAAGGGGAGGUGGAUGAAUGGAUGAAUGGAUGCUCUGUCUGUCUGUCUGUCUGUCUGCUUGUUGUCCAUGCAUGCAGCGUCUUCGUGGUUUGCGUUUGCUGGUCGUGGCUGCUUUGUCGCAGUCAAAGAAGAUUCAAGACGUACGCAGUGCAGACACUUACAUACAUACAUACAAGCAAGCAAGGAAGGAAUGGGCGAUCACAUAAUGUCAUGCGGGUCCGUCAUCAGAGCGUCCAUGAUGCCGUGGUGCGUGUGUGUGUGUGUGUGUGCGUGUGUGUUGUGCAGGUUGUGUCGGGCCUGGGUGGGUGUGCGUUGCGUGGGGAGGACCACCUGGGGCGAGACAGGGAGGGAAACCAAUACUGGUGGGGCAGGCACACGCGACCGACACGAAUCAUCCACAGCACACAUUGACGAGACUGCUGACUGCUGGCCGUCCCUCUGUGUGUGUCAGGUUUUUGCGUGACACGAGGAGUCUGUCCGGCUUUCGUUUGGUGAAGGAGAGCCGUUCGAGUGGCGAGUUUGAGCUCAUUACGGGGGACCCCGAGGUGCUCCAGGCACUCGCAAUCACCAUGCAGACGGUCCGGUCCGCACACGACAGAAUCAAUGGAUGGAUGGAUGGAUGGAAGACCAGCGCUGCAUUCAUGGUGUGUGUGUGUUUGUGUGUGUCAGGAUGGUGGCAGUGAGGAGUUGGGUCGCAUUCUUGCAGAGUGCUACCAGCAGAGUAUCAGGAACCAACAGGUGUGUACAACGAAACCCAAAUUCCUGCCUGCGUCACGCACGAGCAGCACCGACCGGCUUGUUUGUGUCCCUUCCGCCAUUGAUUGGCUCGUCAGGCUGAGAAGCGAAGACAGCGUCAGCUUGCCAAGGUCAGCUCAGCACCCGCACACGCCGUCACGGCAUCCACCUCGCACUAGCGGGCUCUCUAUUGCUCAUGCUUAUGUGUGUGUGCGUGUGUGUAUGUGUGUAUUGUUCAGAUUCGUCAGCAUCACGACAUCACGGAGGGCUGGGUGUCCAGCCGCACCAGGAGGAGACCCCAGUCAUAUAACUACAGGAGAUACGACGACAUGGUCAGUCACCAAGGACACCACGCCCACACACACACACACGAUGCUAAUACACACAUCCCACGCUGUCUGUGUGUCUGUGUGUGUGCUGCCUGCAGGUGCGUCGUGGCGAUGAGAGUGGCAGCCAGGAAUCGGAGGAGGAGGCGCCCAACACCGUCGAGAGCAGGCAGCAGCAGACCAGGGAGGAGCGGGCGGCUGCCAGAGAGAAAAGAAAGGUACGCACCUACCUGUGCUGUGCACAUGAUGUGGGUGGCGGGCGCAAACACACCCAGUCACGUCACUGUAUGCCCCACCUGUCUGUCUGUCUGUCUGUGUGGUGCAUCCAUCUAUCCCUCUACCCAUCCUGGCAGGCCGAGAUGCUUCUUCGCGUCAAGAGCGCCCCUCCUGAGUCCCACAAGAGACCCUCACUGUCACAAGAGCAGCCCAGUGCUGUCGUCAAGCAUGAGCAGGACGAGGAAGAGGAAGAGGAAGAGGGAGAGGACCGGACCAGGGGGUUUGGCCGCAAGGCCACCCGCAGCCCCCAGCCGCCGUCUCUGCGUGCUGCUCCCGCUGGCCGGCCCCGCAAGGUCCUCUAUUCCGAUUACAGGGCUGACUCACCCGUGUUGUACGAGCGUCAGCCUUCAUCGAACCCCUACGUUUCUCGAUCGGGUCGGCAGGUCAAGAAGCGCCCCUUUGGUGACGAAAACUGGGAAGAGGACCAGCAGGGGUCGAGGCAGAGGAGGGCGGCGGAGCGGCAGCGGCACGACGCGUUCCCCAGGAUGAUGAGCACCCCCACCCCGCCGCCCAGCGCCCGCAUGACGCUUCGGAGGACCCCUGCUGAGCGGCCGCCAGCUGGUGUGGCCCAGGGCCACCAUUCGCUCAUGCUGGAUGCCAUGAAGAUGAAAGAGCGGCGCAACGAGGGGAGGAGACGCAGAGGCAGAGACGGCAAUCAUGACGGUGACGACGAGGAUGACGACGAUGAUUAUUAUUAUGAUGUGGACGAGGGCGAGGAUGAGGCCGACGAGGAGGAGGAGGAUGACCGCCAGCCGUCGAAAAGGCACCGGCAGGCUCCUAGGGGUGGCGGCCAGAGGGACAGGCCUGGGCUGAUGCACCCCAUGAUGGUGCUGCACCAGCAUGCGCGUCAGGCGGCCAGAUCGCCGUCCAAUGUGGCCUACCAGAGCGCGCAGGCCAUGCACAUGAUGCCGCUCCAGGUCCAGGUCGGUCACCACAAACACACAGUACCGGCCGACCAUGACAUGCGCAUAUUUGUGCGCUAUGAAUAUGUCUGCUGGUGUGUGUGGUUGUUGUAGGCUAUGAUGCGUGCCGCUCCGUUUCUGUCUCCCCGCCGCCCUGGGUACUACCUCACCCCCUGGGGCCCCAUCAGCGCCGACCGACCCAACGUCCCCCCGUCAGCCCCCAAGCACCCUGCAUUCGGCGCGCGGCCGAGCAUGAUGAUGCCGGUGCAGGGCUCCCAGUCCCCACGCAACCCUGCCACAGUGCCGAGCAGCAGCAGUGCAGGUGCGUCAGGUGGCCAGGCCCCCCGUGAACGGACUGUUGGUCCCCUCCCCCCUCCGUUCCCCUCCCUGGCGUCCGCACCCCCUGUCACCCCAUGGAUGGCCGCCAUGCUCAUGCACCAAGCCGCCACCAGGACACCAACACACAACAACCGUGAGCAACCAGCCAAGCAACACUUUGACACAUUCAGGGGGCGCGGGGUGGCAUGGCCACCGUGCAUCGUCCCUUGUACGAGUGGGUGUGUGGUGUAUGGAAUGGCUGUCAGGUGUGUCGAUGUCGGGAGCCUCUCGGUCGCCCAUGGCUGUUGCACAUCCCCCCCGUCCCGCGGAUGGGCCGCCACCCGCUGCUCCUCUUCCAAGUCAGGAGACCAUGGACCAGGCCGAGUCCAGCGGGGCUGCUGCUGCGAGUGGUGGUGGUGCGAAUGGUGAUGGCGGUGAUGGUGUUGCAGAUAUGGCGCGCAAGAUGAUGGAGGAUAUGUGAGCCGGAGGAAUGGAUGGAUGCGUUGGUGCAGGCGUGCGUAAGAUCAAUCUUGACGGAGAAACAGUGCCGGUUCUGCCCUGGCUGUCGGGGCUCGACACUGUACGGCGAGACAGUCGUGCUGCAGCCUGCCUGUCUCUCCGUUUAGUGUAGUUACCCCACAGGCGGGGCAGAACCGGCCGCUGGGCGGGUAGCUAGAUGCAGCUGGCGGCAGACAGGUUGCAGUGUUGACAGGGGGUAGAAAACAUACAGCAUACAUACCUGUGUCGGGUGGGUGGACCGACUGAAAGUGUCUUUCUGCCUGGAGUGCCUCUCACG